AUGUCUGAAUCCACCCUCGAAUCUCGGUCGUCCUCCAGUCGACAUUUGGUCGGCGGGGGACGUCAAAUAACUCGGAAUCGCGCAAGUUAUAGUUGCCACACAUGCCGCAGGAGGAAGGUCAAAUGCGACAAGAUUCACCCGAUUUGCGGAAAUUGUUCGAAAAACGGAGCAGAAUGCGUCUACGACACCGGAACGCUAAAGAAGCACGACGAGAUCGAUGCCGACGACGAGCACAAUCACCAUGGCGUCAAAAGACGAAGGCAGAUGCUACGAUCUGUCGAUGAAGCAGACGAAGACUCCAAAAAUACAAUAGGCGAGCGGGGUCAAGCAGACUUCAAAGGCGGCUCGCAAGCCAUCGCAGCUCAACUCAACAAGCUCACUAGCAUGAUUGAGAAUCUGAGCAAGGCCAAAGGACCUUUGCCGGUGGAGGAGAUGAGUCGCCAACUGCAGGCAAUCAGUCAGGAUGUUGAUCAACAGACUUCUAUUGGGUCGCGGAUAGCUUUGUCCCAGACAUCUGCGUCGAAUAAAAUGUCUAGUUCUCGAGAUACGAGUCCUCGUCGCACGGGAGAUUCGAGCGGGGAUGAGUUUCCUGUGCCGGCAGGCAAUGCUACUGAUCCCGUGGAUCCUGUUGGGUUAAAUUUGGGUCAUUUAAGUCUCGAGGACGGCAGAUCAAGAUAUGUCGGUACAACAUAUUGGGCUUAUAUUUCAGACGAGAUCAACGAACUUAAUCAACUAUUACGUGAACAACACGAAUCACGUGAAGUACCUCCAUCCAACGAUGGUGCUACGGAUGCUAUCAUGGUCUCUGUGGACCAGCCUAUGGCGACAAACCCCUCCUAUCCACCUGGUCGUCAUCAGUAUCGAUCGUUAACUGGUGGCCAUCAGUUAAAUAGGGCACUUUUGUUCUCGGGGGAAUCUCCAACCGCCCUUGAUAAAAACGUCGAACCAUACAUGCUAGAAGAUAUGCCGACUCGGAGGCAAAGCGAUAUUCUAUACAAAGGCUUCAUGUCUGGUGUCCAUGCUAUAAGCCCGGUAUUACAUCCUCCUACGAUAUUACAAUCCUAUUAUGCGUUCUGGGAUUGGUACGAUCAUGGCAGCUAUUCGGGCGAACGUUGUCCUGAUACUACUUUUAUUCCACUGCUUUAUGCUAUGUGGCAUGGCGGAUCGGUCACAAUUUCGAUUCAUACGAUUAAAGCUGAGUUUCCGAAUGUUUCAGGUCGCUCUGAACUAUGCGACCCACUUCACGAUCAUGUUGUGACAUGGCUUGAUAAGAUAUCCUUUCCACGCAACCCAUCUUUGCAUGGACUAGUUGCUUUCCUCAUCACCAAGACCAUCCUGUCUCGAGAAGAGGAACCUCUAGCGAGCAGUCUUUUUAUCAGCACUGUGCUAAGAGUGGCUCAAGCUAUGGGUCUCCACCGGGAUCCUGCUCAGUUCGGCAUCAAAUCUAGCGAAGCCGAGACACGAAGAAGAAUAUGGUGGCAUAUCAUUCACAUGGACGGUGUCGUUGCUAUGUCUUCCGGACUACCCCCUCUAGUCUGCGACGAGAGCUAUUGGGAUGUGCGUGAGACCAGUGAAGUUAAAGACACGUUGUUAGGGACACCGCAAGCCGAGCAAUAUUCUAGACUGGUGGAAAGUAAUUUGAGGCCGCCUGACAAUCCUGAUGAUCCGACUGUUUGUGAUGGUAACUCGAUGGUCAACGUAUUUUACCUUUGCGCGAGGGGGAAAUACGUAAUGGCUCGAGCUGUCCGAAGAAUUAUGAAAAUCCAGCUAGGAACGAAACCAGUCACAGGUCGGGAUAUGGAAGAAUUGAGAUCGAUUCUUGUAGAUCUUCAAUUCCAAUUAAAUUCACUCAUCAAUCGCAUUCCACUUGCACAGCACCCGAACUCCUUUGGAAGUACAAGUACAUCUCCUGGAAAGGCCGUCCUCACUCCCCCUCAAGGUCGAAUUGAGCAAGGUUUAUUGCCCGAUGACGGUCCCGGCGGUUGCUCAGAACAAUAUCACACGCCGGUUCUCGUGGCAUUCCAUAAAUGGGCACGAAUUCUCCUUUCGUUAUUUCUGGAUAAAGCGUUCUGUGUUGCUUACCAACCAUUUCUCAAGAAUGCAAGAAGUCGGAUAUGGCCUACAGCACGACAAGGUGCUCUGCGACAUUGCCACGGCUUUAUGGAAAAGUUUAUUGCAUUAGCAACAGAUCCCGACUUUCAGCCCUUUCAGUGGAGUUGGCCUGGAAAUCACCAGCCAAUGCAUGCCACCAUGAUAAUGCUGAUCGAUCUGUACGAGCGGCCCAGUAGUCCUGAAGCUCUACGGUCAAGGGCAUUUAUCGAUAAGAUAUUUUCAAUCAGUGGACCGGAUGGCGGCGUCGUCGGCGGGGAAGACGGCGUCACUACAGCGCGGCCAUUAAAGGAUGGUGGCCGAGAGGCAUGGGACAUGAUGCGACGAUUACGCGAAAAGGCAUGGCAGAAAGCUGGCCUCAAUCCACAACAACUAUGGACAGAGCAGGCUCAAAUCCAGGCUGGAGUUGGUCAUAAUUCGACGCGUACAACGCAACGAUCAUCUCAUGCGAGAAGACCGAUAGAUACUGCAACGUCACUUGUUGUGAAGCCUGCUGGUGAUUCACAAGUUGCAGACUUUAAUAGAAGGUUCUUUGAGAUGACCAGGAAUCAUGUACUGCCUAAUCCUGUUGUCUCGUCUCUGAGACAGAAAUCCCAGGCGCAAGCUGGGCCGUCGCCUGUGUUGUCGCGUUCGAAUGUGCCCAUGUUUGCGACACAACUACAACCGCAACCACAACUCACCAAUGUAUCCCCGCCUACCGCUGGUUUCAUGCCAAAUCCGUCUCUUGAUGGUCAAAGUCUCGACGCAACUCUAGCCCUCGCCAAUCUCGCAUCAGGGACAAUGGUGAGCAGCUCAAACCCGCAGACUUUUAUUCAACAACGACCGCAACAACAACCAUACCGCCAACCUACCCAACCAUCCCAAACCUACCCUAUAAUGCAAACAGCAUCGCCAUCCUCUUCCUCUCCCUCCGCUACAAACACCACCACCUUCUCCCCCCUCAACUCCCCCCAAACCACCCCUGCCGCCGUUGCCGCCGUAACAACCAGCCCUUCAGCAGGCGCACUCUCAGCGCCAACACCACCCUCCAUGAUCGACCCCAAUCUAACCUUUGACUGGGACCAAUGGGACGCCGUAUUCGGGCAGCAAUUACCCAUGGCCGACGAACUUGUUGAAUUGGAUCCUGUGGCUGGCGGCCUGGGACUAGGGAUGUUGAACAGUAACGAUUUGGGGAUUGAGUCGUUUGCUCAUUCCACACAGAAUAUAGGUUUUGGUAAUAACGUUGGAGGAGGUGGUGGUGAGAUGGCGACGACGCCUGCGAGUGAUGUAUGGCGGGAUUUUGAGACGUGGCAGUACUAA